UCAUUCCGCUCCGACUCAGCUCUCUCUCUCUCGCUCGCUGCAAAGAGUGUCUUUUCUUUCCUCUUCCAUUUCUGCUCUGAGACAGCAUUCGAGCUGUUUCUUGCUGUGCCGGGUUUCUUCCAUAAGUGGGAAAAAUCGAGCUUCUGCGAUCGAAGAGAGAUUGAUACGGCCAAGGUGUCGGGGACAGUUCUUUCGCCAUUUCCAUUAAAAGGGCCAGACCUUACUCACAGUCUCCGUCGGACCGUCUCCCUCCCCUCUGUCUUUUUUCUUUUUCUAUUCAUUUUCCGUCUUCGCCAUAUCUUUUUCCCGGAAAAUCUUUCCCCUGCCCUUUUUCGUUUUUUGCCCCCUCACCUUUCUUUUGCAGAGCACGCACCGGUUUUCCUCCUGUUCACACACCGUCCACCACCGCUUUCUCUCCUUUUCCUUGCUCGUCUCGGUCUUCGUCACUAUCUACUACCGCACGCAGCACUCUCUUCUUCUUCUACCCUUCUUUUUCGUUCUGGCUAUCCCACUGCUUUAGUGCUUUUCGUGGUCUACUUUCUUUGAAAUUGCCUUAUCUUUAUUUUUAUUUUUUUGGGUUUUUGCUUUAUUCUAGGGAGGGUCGCUCGAUCCCCUUUAAGCCAUUUCUGGGCAUUUCAAGCUUCCCCUUUUAACUCCUCCUCCCUCUCUCCCUCGACUCUUCUCUGUCAUCUUUAUAUCUUUGAAGAAUAUCUCUGCAAUCUUCCAACCCCCCCUCCCUCUCUCUCUCUAGUCUCUUUCUUCGCUUUUGGAUGUCAGCAACAGCGAAAAUCAAGAUUUAAUUCAAAUUUUCUGUGAAAUGAUGCCUCCUAUCAAGUUCACUGAACACUGCACUCACACCAAGCUCGCGAGACCCGACCAUCUCAAUAGCCCGAAAAGCCGACCCGAAAUGAACCCCAGAGUCCUCAGGAUAUCGUACACGGACGCUGACGCCACGGACUCCUCCAGCGACGAAGAGGCUGAACUGCUCCCCCGCCGGCGAAUCAAGAAGUUCGUUCACGAGAUUGCUCUGCAGUCCGGUAGCGAUGGAGACGCCAGCGCUUGGAAAGUGAAGGCCAAACGGCACAAGCCCUCCGGGAAGUCCGCGGUUCCAGUCGGUCGCCGCGACUUGAAGGUGUCCGCUGGCUGCGGCGGCGGGAAGAAAUUCCGGGGCGUGAGGCAGAGGCCAUGGGGAAAAUGGGCGGCGGAGAUUCGAGACCCGACGCGAGGCGUGCGGCUGUGGCUGGGAACUUACGAAACGGCCGAAGAGGCGGCCAUGGUCUACGACAACGCCGCGAUACAGCUGCGCGGACCUGACGCGUUCACCAACUUUUCUACGCCGCCGCAGUCAGCACAAUUUAUUCCGCCGCUGCCGAAGAACAGUAUCCGCCUCCCUCUGCCACGGCCUGCAGCUGCGGCGACGGCGACGGCGACGGUGAGCAGCUCGAGCUCAGCGUCCGGCGCGGACUCGUCCCGCCUCGUCUCUUCUCCAACAUCAGUGCUGCGGGGCGUCUCCAGUGAGGAAGCCGAUUCACCAAUCGACGCAACGAAGGAGUCGUGCGUGUCCGAGGAUUUCUCGGAGGCCUCCCACCGCUCGCCGUUCGAUUUACAUUUGCCGGACGACAUCUUCGAUUUCCAGAGCUGCAGCUCGGGCCUAUUCGACGCGUUCUCCAGCUUCGGCGACGGAGUUCUGAUGGACAACUACACUCAGGACGAUUUGUUAGCUAACCUCGGCGAUGAUUUGGGGCUCGGGUUCGGGUUCUCGAAUUGGAACUUCAACGAUCAUUUUCCCGACAUUGGGGAUAUAUUCGGGUCGGAUCCUGUUGUCGCCAUGUGAGAGCUUUUUUAAAAAAAAAGAAAAACAUUGAGAAAAAAAGAUGCAAAAAAUCACAAAAAGAGAAAUACAAUAGUUUUCGAUGCUUCUCUUAUGUGAAUUCUGAUUUUGUGGCAAAGUUUUGUAUCUCGGGCACAUAUGUUGCGGAUGCCUUGUUUAUUUAUUUAA